GCCGCCAUUUUGUGACCGUGUCUCCGCCGUGGCCCCGGAUCCGGCUUCUUUCGCUCGAUACGGUAGUGGGUCGAAUUCCUGGGCGUAAUCCACUCAUUCAGAACCUAGAGUGCACACACUGGAAGCAUCUGGACACCUUACCCCUUAAUAAAGCCAGCAGAGAGUCAGACAUAGUCGCACUGGAGCAUGGUUUUAAGGCACUGACUGGUCGUUCAGUCAUGGCUGAUAAAAGGAAAUUACAAGGGGAAAUUGACCGCUGUCUGAAGAAAGUCAGUGAGGGUGUGGAAACCUUCGAAGACAUCUGGCAAAAGGUUCACAGUGCAGCAAACGCAAACCAGAAGGAAAAAUAUGAAGCUGACCUGAAGAAGGAAAUUAAGAAACUACAGAGGUUGCGAGACCAAAUAAAGACAUGGGUGGCCUCCAACGAAAUCAAAGACAAGAGGCAGCUACAAGAAAACCGAAAACUCAUUGAAACGCAAAUGGAAAGGUUCAAGAUAGUGGAGAGAGAAACAAAGACCAAAGCCUAUUCUAAAGAAGGGCUGGGAUCAGCGACGAAGGUGGAUCCCGCACAGAAGGAAAAGGAAGAAAUCUGUCAGUGGCUAACGAAUACGAUAGACACAUUAAAUAUGCAGGUCGACCUCUUCGAAAGUGAAAUGGAAACUUUGUCAGCGGUGACGAGGAAAAAGAAAGGUGAAAAAGAGAAACAAGACAGGUUAGAAGAAUUGAAGCAACACAUCGAGAGGCACAGGUACCACAUUAAAAUGUUGGAAACUCUGCUGCGCAUGUUAGACAACAGCACGAUAGAAGUGGACCAGAUCAAGAAGAUCAAAGAUGAUGUCGAAUACUAUGUUGAUUCCUCGCAGGACCCGGACUUUAAAGAAAAUGAGUUUUUAUAUGAUGAUCUCGAUCUUGAGGAGAUAGCACAAACAUCAAUAAUGGCCACAUCACCAGCAAGUAACAGUAACAGCAAUGUGGAAGAUGAGCUUUUUAACCAAUGUAAUAGCACUCCCACCUCUACAACGUCAAGUUCUCCUGUACCACUUAGUCCAGCCAAUCAGUCUGUGGAAAAUCAUGAAGAUGAACGGAAGCGGAGUAGGUCAGACAGCGAAAUGAGCUUGUCCCCUGCAAAGGUUCUAGGCAGCAAGACUCACCAUGGUAACAAUCUCCCUCCAUCCAUUUCUAUUUCCCAGAGUGCGCAGGGGUUGAACAGCACAAAAACACCGACCCUGCCCUCGAAUGGAUCCAGCAACGGGGGAAACAAGCUGCUGCAAUCCAACAAGAGCUAUUCUUUGACGCAGGGAACAAAUUCAGUUUCUGCCUAUGCAGCUGCUGUGGCAGCAGGAACCACCACAAUCAAUACCACCAGCUCAUUCCAGUCAAGACCUGCCAAUGCUGUGCCCAUUCCCACCAGCAAGCAGCAAAACGGAACUGCAAGUUAUAGUGCAGUGGUUGCUGAGAACAGUGUGGAACAUCAGAACAGCUACAGUCUUCCUUCCAGUACAAACAGCCAGCCAACUGGUACUACCCCCAUACAGAAUAAUGUGAAAGAGCCAGUCAGUGUAUCUGUAGCCAGCACGACGAACAUCAUCCCUGUGCUUGCAGCUAGUCAAGUCAACACUCAAGCCUCCAACUUCUCUGAUCUUAAACCAACACCAGCCAUGAUGAAUGGACCCUUACCAUUUGUCUCCCAGGAUUUAAAGCAGGCUCCAGAGACACUCAGCUCCUUAAAAAGCAUGGCGGAACGAGCAGCUGUGAGUGCAGGAUUGGAAGAACAGGUUCAGUCUUUGCAUUUGAAUGAGAGAGAUCUCUUCAGCACCCCAUCGUCACAGAGCAACUCAAUGACGUCUAACGUUCCACAAACGACAGAAGUUCACCUUCAGCCUAUGCUGGGUGUUUGCCCACUGAGCCCGGUACAUCUUUCUAAGGACCAAGAAUACCAGCUGCACAUGGUGGAAUCGGCCUGGCUUCAUAUGCCCCACCCGUCAGACUCUGAGAGGAUACGACACUACCUCCCUCGUAAUCCAUGUCCCACACCGCCUUAUCACCAUCAGAUUCCCCCAGUCCAUUCAGAUACUCUGGAGUUCUACCAGCGAUUGUCCACUGAAACUCUCUUCUUCAUCUUUUACUACCUAGAGGGGACCAAGUCCCAGUAUUUAGCUGCUAAAGCUUUGAAGAAGCAAUCCUGGAGAUUCCACACCAAGUACAUGAUGUGGUUCCAGAGACAUGAAGAGCCAAAAACCAUCACUGAUGAAUAUGAACAGGCUUUUUUUCUGACCCAACAGGGAACAUACAUUUACUUUGACUACGAGAAAUGGGGCCAGAGAAAGAAAGAAGGCUUCACAUUUGAGUACAGAUACCUGGAGGACAGGGACCUGCAGUAACCAGGACAUGUACAUCCUGUGUCAGGGUGGAGUUCUCUUCCCCAUGCUGCUGAUUGAUCUUCAGUAACCCAGUGUUGGGCUCACAGUCUGAACACACACAAUUGUUCUUGGAAGAGAGCUUUCGUUUAGAGACCUUGUACAAUUUUGAGGAUGAAAAGAAAGGAGAAAGAAAUCAGAAAUGUUGUACAUCAUGUAUUUUGUUCUAACCUGUGCAUAAGAUAUUGUAUUGGAAAAUACUUUGUCAGGAAUCUGUACAGUUCUGCGUUUAAAAAGCAGUUAGUGCUUGUAUGAAACAAAUAAAACAUUUUUCAUGUA